AUAGCGGCACACAGGAGGGCGAGCGUGACGACAGCACCUUCUCGUUCUGUCUGUGACACACACACACGCCCGUCGCUCUCUAGCUCACACACACCUCAGAUGCUAGCGAGCCAGCAAGGAGGACGCUGCCGGACGUGUCAUUCAAACAAGGACUGGAUGUGAAGACGAGGAUUAACCAUCUCCAUCCUCUCUUUCCUCCACUAUAUAAGCUUCCUCCUAUUUCCUCACACAAUCCCUCGUUUUCCCCCCUCCUCCAAGUGCUUUGAAUACAAGCAGGGGAUUGUCUCUAUACAUAAAGAAGGAUUAUUCUUGUUGUCGUCCUCAUCACUUCACCAGGAUUUUCAACGUAUGGAUCUAUUUUUCUUAUAGCGUCUUGCAUUUUGGAUUCUUCAAAAAAUAAAUAGGAAUGUUUUUGGAAGGGAUGUGUGAAAGGAGAGAGCAGUGAAACUGGAACACGCUGAAAUAUUUAGUCAAAAGGUGUUUGCGCUUUCUGCAUUCACAGCCCUUGUGGAGACUGCAGGCAUGGCCGCUUGAGGCCUCCCGCCGCCACCGAGGAAGUCGCGCGUCAUGCCCCCCCACAGCCACUCCCCAGGGGGCAUCGGGCUGCCCCCGUCCGGACCCGUCUUCCUCUGCUUGCUGGUGGCGCUGCUCCAGCCAGCCUCACCUUGCCCUCCCCCCUGUCUCUGCUCCUCAGACGGCCUGCUGGUGGACUGCGGGGGCCGCGGCCUCUCCUCCCCGCCUCCCCUGCACCUUCUGCCUGCCGGGAGUCGCUCGCUCCUGCUGGCCAACAACAAGCUGGCCGCGCUGGGAGCCUCGGCGUUCGCUAACCUCUCCUCUCUGGAGGAGCUGGACCUCUCUAACAACUACCUUGACAAUUUACCGGCUGGAUUAUUCCGAGACAUGAGCAAUCUGACCAAACUGAGCCUGCACAACAACUCUCUGACAGGAAUGGACAGAGAUCUCUUCCAGGGUUUGGGGGGUCUCCAGAGUCUGGAUCUUUCACUCAAUGGCCUGGCAUCUGUUCCUUUGGGGAUCUUGGAUGAAGUAGAGGGUCUCAGGUGGCUGUCCCUGGCUGGUAACAGGCUUCGCGGAUUGGAGAGGGCAGCGUUUGAGCCCCUCGCCCACCUCCAACACCUGGAACUGGGACACAACCCCUGGGAAUGUGAUUGCAACCUGCGGGACUUUAAACACUGGAUGGAGUGGCUACUGUACCGAGGCGGAAAGGUGGAUGCAGUAGAGUGCACACUACCGAAAGAUCUGCGGGGGCGAGACAUCCGCGGCGUUCCUGUGGAAAUGUUCAACUACUGCCUGCAGCUCGAGGAUGAGAACAGGGGAGGAGGAGGAGGAGGCGAAGGAUCCCUAGGAGGGCUUCCCUGCAGCAAGGGUGGUCUUAACCCCAGUGGUGCACCGCCAAUUUCUGGUGGUGAUGACUCCUCUUCAAACACAGGAGGAAGGGGAGGUGGAGAGGCCCCCGCAGAUUGCGUGCGUGCCCGCUACCGGCCCGUGAGCGUGCGCCGCGCCAUCGGCACGGUGGUGAUCGCUGGCGUGGUAUGCGGUAUUGUCUGCAUCAUGAUGGUGGCCGCCGCCGCGUACGGCUGCAUCUACGCCUCGCUCAUGGCCAAAUACCAGCGAGAGUUGAAGAAGAGGCAGCCGCUCAUGGGAGACGGCGACGCGGACGUGGACGACAGGGAUGAGAAACAGAUCUCUUCGGUGGCGUAGAGGAGCCUCAGACUAGGGGGUUUGGCACAAGGGCUCAAAGAGGAGAACGGGCUUGAACGAGAAAGCAAUGAUCACCACCUAAGACUCUCCAAACGCCACCAAUCCGUCUCCUUUUAUUUCUUUCAAAGCCUUUCUCCCUGCGUUUAUUUUUCAUCCCUUCAUCUCGCCUACUAACCACCUACUGAUGCUGUUGGCUGCUGAACUUAACACCAGAGAGAACAAGAAGGUUUCAUCUCAUAUGCAACAUAUCGACUCAUCGGAAAGUGGAUGGUGGAAUUUUCAGGGACUCUCCGGUGUGCUCUUGAUUGGACCAAUGUUCACAUACGAGACAACACAUACAAAUGGGCUCUGUAUGCCCUUGUUUUGAACCUCUUCCAAAAACCUUACGCUUGCUCAGAAAGAGACUUUAAUGGAGGGGUAUUCUAUUUAGCCAACACUCUUACUGCAUUGUCUCAGAAAAAAAACCAGAUUUCAGGUUCUCUCUGGUCCGUCUCAGGACAUACACAAAAGGUGUCCAUAUUCGCUCAUGAGAGGGUCUUGCUCAUCAGCUCAAAAAGCACACAUUUGAGGUAUUGGUCUUUUAUCCUGGGGGGAAAAGCUUCAAAUAUUCUUGAUAUUUCUCAGACCACGUGUCUCCCGACAAGCUUCAUCGAAGAACUUUAAAACUUUCCAGCACUUUAUCGCCCUAAUCGGUUAGCCGCCAUGGUUUCCCUUUCCUUCCCUUCUUUAUAAAAUGAUCUUUCCCAGAGGGAUUAGAGCUAACAAGGGAUUAAAUUAAAAGAUGCUGCUAUUUUCCCCAGCUAGCUCCCAUCCCUUCAUCUUUCCAUCCAGUUGCUAUGAAUGGAAAGUCCUCCUGAAAGACUUCCACCUCGUUUCUUUCCUCACAUCCGUCGGUAAUAUGCGAUGGAAGUUGCGUCAGCGUGACUCGAAAAUGACACUGCCAAAGAGAAUUUGAUUUGGAUUUCGGCUGAGUAGAAAAAAAGAGAACUUUUACUGCAUAUUGCUCUUUUUGGAAAUGAUUCCCUCUUGAUGUAAAUUGGAUUUAAAGAAACCAAUAAUAACAGUAUGUUAUGAUGCAGAUACAUAUUAUUAUAUUAGCCUAGCCAGUAUGCUGUCUCGGUGCAUACGGCGACCCUUCCAAAAAUAUUAUCAAUUCACAAUGUUUGUAUUUUCUUCUGUCUAUAACGCUUGUUUGUCUUGUUUGGCAUAUCACUGUAAUGUUUGCUCAUCAGUCGUGUUCAUUUAAUUGUACUGAGUCAAGUUUCUACAAUAAACAGAGUUUGGCCUACAUGUAAAAUAGUGUAAAAAUCAUAUUGGACAUCUUAUCAAAACAACAUUAAAGUAAGGCUAAACUCUGUCUGGGAAAGUCGAAACUGGCCUGCAGGUCUCGUGCUGUUGGUAGCUAAGUAUCUUAGCUGGCUGAAUCCUGUUCUUAUAACCUGUGUGUGUACAUAAUAAUAAAAUAUAUAGUUUGCUACUUACAACAUAAUGACUGAGGGCCUCAAAAAAAUACAUUGGCCAGCAUUCGGUGGUGUGUUGUGUGUUAUGACAAUGAUUGUGUUUUAGGCAAUGACGAUAAAGAAGCAUUUCC